AGGUGUUUUUGUUUUUUUCUUCCCAGGUGUGAUUGACAAAAUGUCAACAGAGUAAGUGGCUUACCCACCAGAACUUGCCAUGAACCAUUUGGUUGGACCACCUGAUGGGGAGGUAAGCGAAGAGCCAGCAAAUGGAUCAGUGAACGAGUCGGUUGAGGCUGACCUGGAGCAUGCGGAGGUGGAAGAGGAGCAGCGGUAUGCAAGUCACUACCCAAGGCGUACAAACAGCAGCCAAGGGGGCCUGUCUGGGCAGGAGGAGGAAGGGAUGUUAGCUCGGUCAGCCAGCACUGAGAGUGGCUUCCACAAUCACACAGAUACUGCAGAAGGGGAUGUCAUAGCCACGGUGGAGGACAGCUACGACACAGAGAGAGUUCAGGAAAAUGAGGAUGAGAGCGCCUACGCAGUGCAGUACAGGCCUGAGUCUGAGGAGUACACGGAGAAUGCAGAGGCUGAGCAUGGCGAGGCCGUUCAUAACCGAACGCUGCCCAACCACCUUCAUUUCCAUUCCAUCGAACACGAGGAAGCCAUGAACGCAGCCUACUCAGGUUACGUCUACACACAUCGCCUCUUCCACCGAGGUGAGGAUGAGCAGUAUGCCGAGCCUUACGCUGACUAUGGACUGCAGGAGCAUGUGUAUGAGGAGAUAGGAGAUACACCAGACCUGGAUGCUAGGGAGGGGAUCCAGCUGUAUGAGCGGGAGAGGGAGGAAGCUGACAAUUACCGCAAGGAGGCACUCGGUGCCCGCCUUCACCACUACGAUGAGCGGUCUGAUGGAGAGUCUGACAGCCCAGAAAAGGAGGCAGAGUUUGCGCCCUACCCAAGAAUGGAUAGUUAUGAACAAGAGGAGGACAUUGAUCAGAUUGUGGCGGAGGUGAAGCAGAGCAUGAGCUCCCAGAGCCUGGACAAGGCAGCUGAAGACAUGCCAGAAGCUGAGCAGAGUUUGGAGCAGGCUCAUACUCUUGCCGGUGGGGGGCAUGAAAGCAAUGGCCAGCUUCCGCCUGGCUCUCGCGUUACGUCCGGCUCAGGAGAAACUGUGCAGAGGUACAGCAAGGAAAAGAGAGAUGCAAUUUCACUGGCCAUCAAGGAUAUUAAAGAGGCUAUCGAGGAAGUGAAGACAAGGACCAUCCGUUCUCCUUAUACCCCUGAUGAACCUAAGGAGCCGAUCUGGGUGAUGCGGCAGGACAUCAGCCCAACCAGGGACUCUGACGACCAGAGGCCACUAGAUGGAGAUUCUCCAUCUCCAGAUUCCUCUUCACCUCGGGGUGCUGAGUCGUCAAGUAGGCAACAUCACCAGGAUGUCUGCAGUACAGCAGAGCCCUCCACUAAUAAAGAGUCCAGAAAAAGCUUGGCUUCAUUUCCAACCUAUGUUGAAGUUCCUGGACCUUGCGAUCCUGAAGACUUAAUCGAUGGAAUCAUUUUUGCAGCCAACUACCUUGGCUCAACUCAGCUCCUUUCUGAUAAAACUCCCUCCAAGAAUGUGAGAAUGAUGCAGGCUCAGGAAGCUGUCAGCAGGAUCAAGAUGGCCCAGAAAUUAGCCAAAAGCAGGAAGAAGGCUCCCGAAGGUGAAUCUCAACCCAUGACUGAAGUGGACCUGUUCAUUUCUACACAGAGAAUUAAAGUACUGAAUGCAGACACGCAGGAAACCAUGAUGGAUCAUCCCCUACGGACCAUUUCAUACAUCGCAGAUAUAGGCAAUAUAGUUGUUCUGAUGGCUCGUAGGAGAAUGCCACGAUCCAACUCCCAGGAUAAUGUGGAAGCAUCUCACCCUUCCCAGGAUGGAAAGAGACAGUACAAAAUGAUUUGCCAUGUCUUUGAGUCUGAAGAUGCACAGCUGAUUGCACAGUCCAUAGGUCAAGCAUUCAGUGUGGCCUACCAGGAGUUUCUGAGGGCAAAUGGGAUCAAUCCAGAAGACCUUAGCCAGAAGGAAUAUAGCGACUUGCUCAAUACCCAGGACAUGUACAAUGACGACCUCAUUCACUUCUCCAAAUCUGAAAACUGCAAAGAUGUUUACAUCGAAAAGCAAAAAGGAGAAAUCCUAGGUGUAGUGAUUGUGGAGUCUGGUUGGGGAUCCAUUUUACCUACAGUUAUCAUAGCCAAUAUGAUGCAUGGAGGACCAGCAGAGAAGUCUGGGAAGCUGAAUAUAGGGGAUCAGAUCAUGUCGAUCAACGGGACCAGUCUAGUUGGCUUACCACUCUCAACAUGUCAGAGCAUUAUAAAGGGUUUGAAAAACCAGGCCCGGGUUAAGCUGAACAUAGUUAGGUGUCCUCCAGUAACAACAGUCUUGAUCAGGAGACCGGACCUCAGAUACCAGUUGGGCUUCAGUGUGCAAAACGGGAUUAUCUGUAGCCUUAUGAGAGGUGGUAUAGCGGAGCGAGGAGGUGUGCGUGUUGGCCAUCGGAUCAUUGAAAUCAAUGGGCAGAGUGUUGUGGCAACACCCCAUGAGAAAAUUGUGCACAUCCUGUCAAACGCUGUUGGUGAGAUUCAUAUGAAGACUAUGCCAGCUGCCAUGUACAGACUGUUGACUGCACAAGAGCAACCAGUUUACAUCUAAAGCCGACACCUCACUGUCACAAUGUGCAUGGAGGAUGUUUUUCCUCGUUAGUGCUUGUCUCUCUAGUGCUGCAUUUCUGUGUCCGCAGAGACAUUUCUUUCUUUGUCUCACAAAAAAAGAGACUUUAUAUCUCUUUUCCCUCCCUUUCUCCCCUUCUCCGUAACAUUUUUCUGCAUUUUGGGAAGGGGCAAAAUAUAUGGGACUGCUUUGGUUGCAUCUCUUUACAAGUGGAACUAAACACAGUUCCACAUGCAAAACAGGAAAAUAGCAGCAGCAUUGUUCGCAGCAGGAUUCACAAAAAGGAUCGACUCUGGUUCAUUCUAAUAACCAGUUUUAUUUUUGUGACUAUUAUUUGGUAAACUAAAUAAAUUAAAUGUUGCUAAAUGAAAGAUGUCUUUUACCAAACAGACAGAAGUGUAGGGUACAAAGUGUUCUCGUGGACAUCCUGCACGUGGCUUUCCUUUUCUUCCCCUAUCUUCCCACAGGCACUGAGCUCUGUUUUAAAGGUUUAUGUCUGUAAGGAAAGGUAGAAUACCAAAAAGACAUUUUUUUGCCCUCAGGAAGAAUACCUGCUUAUGAAGAAUGAGUAAAUGCUGCUGUGGUAAAAUGGACUGUCCAAAUACCUUUUAAUUACCUUCUGUUACCAGUUUUUCAUGAUCUUAGGACCCUAAAAGGUACUCUGAGAGUUGCUGAAACACAUUACAAUUGCAUUAAUUACACCAAGUAAUUGGGGAGGCAUAUUUUACAACUGCCUCUCCCUCUCUACCCCCAGUUUUUGAACCCUUUUGUUCUACUUUGUUUUUAAAUGCAACUUCUCUUCUAUAGUCCCUUGCCUAUUUUAGAAGUUAAAGGAAAGGGGAGAGAGGGAGGGGAGAACAAGAGAAACAAUAUGGGGAUUUGCUGAAUAGCUACACGUUUUCUAGGCUCUUAAUUCUGCAUUUGAUGCACACAGCAAUGUGUGCCAGUGUAUAUAGAUGUUUUUAAAAUUGUGCUUGCUAUUUAUGAAGUUUGAAUAUAAGAGAUCUGCAUACUAUUCUAAGUAAUUUUGUUCUCUGAGCCAGUUCUAACAUAUAUUUUUGUCCAAAGACCUUGUCUAAUUUUAUCCUCUUUAGUUCAUGACAUAGAUAACAAUGGGAGGGAUAAGGUGGGAAUAAACGUAUUUAUUUUGUUAUAUAAGUUAAGUUGUUAUAUUUUUUUCCAUUUGUAUGGCACUUAACGGAUAUAUGUGUGUACUAUAUGCACUUGUAUGAAAAAGACAUAGGAAAUGUAGGAUUAGAUUGGCCUGUAACUUGCAUGCUAGCAACAAAAGGGGAAGGG